CCCCCCAGCCGCAAUCGUGUCUUCGUUCGUGGCGGCGACCUCCACAUCGUUCCACGAAGGCGCCUCCUGGAUCCUUCCUUAGUUGACUCCCUCCGGUUUCUUGUUGAACGUAGCGGCGAAUCACGAGCCCCGGAUUCCGUUCAGGCCGCGGUGAAGGGCCGGAUUGCCGAAUAUCCUGAAAGAGCGUGGAGAAAUAUGCAUCGCGUUAGGGUUAGGGUUCCGACGUCGGUGGCUCAGGUGCUCAGACACGAGCCCUGCUUGAUUUCGCUCGCUGUGGAAGGCUUCUACGAUCGUGAUGUGGAUUCUAUGAAGUACGCGGCGAAGAUGGAGAAGUUCCUUAGCAAGGGGAGAGAAGAGGAGCUGGUGCUUGUGCUUGUGAAGAUGUCGCGUGCAAUGUACGCGCAGCUCGUGCAGCAGAGUUUUCAGGCGCCGAAGUUUUAUCCGAUGCCCAGCAUGAGCGAACGUGAUGCUUUCGUGGAAGCCGAGCUGGGGAUGAAAAUCACGUGUGGCUUGGAGAUGAUGUAUCAGCGGAGGAAGAAAGAAGGAGAAGAAGGGAAAGGAAGUACUUGGAGCAAGUAUAAGGAGAAUCUGGAGAAGAAUGGGUACUUUGAAGGAUUGAUUCCGGGUUCAAAGGAGUACAAAAGAUUGAUCGAGAACGCCGAGGAGUACUAUCGAAAAAGUUGCUUGUUUUCCAAGACGAGAGAGAUUAUGACUGCUCCAGUGAGGCGCAUUGAUGAGAUUCUUGCUCUGCCAUAUUCAUCAGACGAUUUCAAGGAUCAUGGAGUUCCCCCUUCUGACGAUGAUUCAUGGCUCUACGAUGGUGAAGAUGAGCUGAACUCCGCUCUUCAAGAGAGGCAGAAAGAGAUGGAGACAUAUAACUCAAAGAUCAAAAGCAAGCAGAAAUCAAAAGAGAUGGAGGAAUCUGGAAGCUCAUCUGCCACAAACACGAAUGAUUUUGAUCUUAGCGAUGUAGCAAAGUCCAUGCAACAGUUUGUGCACAAGGUAUCAAGCUACAAGGGGGCGGAGGUGCCAGAAAACAGGGAUUUCAAAGAAGUCGACCUAGAUGUUGACCGUUUCAUGAAAGAUAUGGAAUCAAUCCUUGAAUGCCAAGGUCGUUCUGAAGAUACUGAUGAUGAAGAAGGAUCUAACGCAGACAUGGAUUUUGAUGAGCUUGAAGAUGAUGAAAGUGAAGGGGAAGAGUUGUUUGAGGAAAACGAGGAAGAGGGUGGCAAGGGCACAUUUAUGCACUCCUACACGGAUGCAAUGGAGGAGGAACUGAAGAACACAACUCUAGAGAAAAGCUUUGCCCGUGCGAAUCUACAUCCUCCUAAUACAAACGAGAUGCAGGGAAGGAAAAAGGCGGGGGGAUCAUCAGAUGAUGAGGGGUAUAGGGCAGUAGAUGUGGACUUCAACCUUGUGAAAAGCCUGCUAGAUUCCUUCUCUUCGCAACAA